AUGCUGAGUUAUGAUAGUUAUUAUCGUGAUCAAUCAGACAAACCCGUGGAAGAACGCGCAAAAACCAAUUUCGACCACCCCGAUUCUUUAGAGACGGAGUUACUGAUACAACAUUUGCAAGAUCUGAAAGAAGGCAAAUCGGUGGAUAUUCCUCACUACGACUUUGCCACACAUGCUAGAAUACCCGACAAGGUUGAUAGAGUGGAACAAUCUGCUGGUGACAGUCAAAAAAGAAUCAAAGUCAUCAUUUUGGAGGGCAUCCUGGUUUUGACCAAUCGACAACUCAUGGACCAAAUGGAUAUCAAAGUUUUCGUGGAUGUGGAUGCAGAUAUUCGAUUUAUUCGGAGACUGAACAGAGAUACCACGGAAAGAGGAAGAUCCAUGGAAUCGGUCAUGGAACAAUACCAACAAACAGUAAGGCCAAUGCAUGAACAAUGGGUAGAACCUAGCAAACAUCAUGCGGAUAUCAUUGUCUUUUCUACUACGCAAUCAUUGGAUGUGGCCAUUGAUAUGCUGGCCAAUCACUUGAGUGCCAAGGCGGCCAAAAUGGAAUGA